AUGAAAUCUGCUCUUCUCCUCUUGCUUUCAACUGUUGCUCUUACCUAGAGUGCAUCUACAAAUACUCCAAAGGAGGAUGCUGCUCACCAGCAUACUUCAAAGAAGAUCAAGUUCUAGUUGCCUAAAAACUUCUAGCACGAAGCUAAAAUCUUCAAACUAGUUUAAAAUGGAGAGAAGUUCGAUUUGUAGCAAGAAGAUGUAAGCUCAAUGAUUAAAGUGAGCAGUGACUUGAACAUGCAGUUCUCAGGACUCGGUGUCAGGACUACUCAAGGUUUCCAAUACAACGAAGCUACUGCAACAAAUUACACUGCACACAAGAACCUUGUCUUCAAGAGAGAUACCAUGAAGUGCAAAUCGUAUGAUGAAUUACUACAAAAUGGAAAAAAUGUGGCCUCCCUUAUUGAUGAAAUGAAUGAUCCUUUUAACAAUCCAGAAAUUUCAUAUGAAGGAUUCCUACCAGCUGAUUGGGACAAAGAAGAAAAAUAUCACAUUUUCACAAGAAAGGAAUUCGGGAAGAAAGUUUUCUAGCUCUAUUACUCCCCAAAAACCUCUCAACUCAGAUACUCUGUCAUGAUUCAGGAUAAUGGAAAGUACAUUAUUGAUAUGGGAGCUUCUAAAGUUAAAGAAUAAAAGUUGACAGCUAGAGAUUUCCAAAUCAAGGAGUGUUCUUAUAAAAAUGUUUUCCUCCAAUGA